AUAAUCACUACUCUUUACUUAUUCACAUACUCAUUUCUCUAAAUCAACAUCACAUACAUUAUUUUCUCUCAAUAAUUAUGGAGUUCAACAAUUUUCUACCAGCUGGGGUUAGAUUUCGUCCAAAUGAUCAAGAAAUAAUUGAAUUUUAUGUGUCUAACAAAAACUUCAACCCUCAUCUUCUUCAACCUAAUCACAUUCAAGAUGUGAAUAUCUAUGAUUUUCAUCCUCAAGAACUUACUGAUCAAUACUCACCCAUGUGCGAAAACGCAUGGUAUUUUUUUCAUCGAAAAGAUUCAUCUUCCACAUUUAAAAAUAGUAAGAGAUCGAAACGAAAAGCUAAGAAUGGAACUUGGCAUGGCAAUGCUCAAAAAAAGGCAAUCUUGAAUAAACAAAAAGUCGAGAUUGGUUUUAGAAGAACUCUGGAUUUUAUGGACAUAGAUAAAAAACGAACUCGAUGGAAGAUGAUCGAGUAUCGUUUACCUGAAUCUAAUAACACACAGCAAUGUAGUUGGGUGUUAUGCAAGAUUUACAAAAUGAAAUCGAAAGAAAAGAAAGUGAUUGUAAUAAACGAGCAUAAAGAAUCGAACGUGAAACGACAAAAAAUAGUAUACGAGAAUACUUUAUCAGAGUCUACAUCAAAUCUUUAUCUUCUUGAUGAUAUUGGCGAAGAGAAGAAUAUAGCGGUACAACAAGAAGUACCAAAAACUUCAACAAAAUUAACGAAGGAUGAGCUCGAAAGCAUAUUUGGCGAGUUCGAAAAUUUCUCAAAAGAUCAAACGUUUCAAGCAGAGUUAGAUUUAAUUUUUCAAAAUAAUGUAGUCUGCUAAUUCUUAUUCAAGAGAUUAGUUAAUGUUUCUUUCUAUCUUUCUACUAUUGCAAAUUAUAAAAGAAUAUAAUUCACAUAAAUAAUAUUACUAUAAUUGUUUUUGACGUGUUUUAAA